GAGUGGUGGGGAUGACCUGAGGAGCCCCCGCCGUGCAUCUGCCUUUGGUGCUUGCCCUGCAGGGAGUGCUCGGUGCCCCCUCCCUAUGCCACCCCCAUGAUGCCCCUGUCCCGCUGGCUGAGAUCUGUGGGCGUCUUCUUGCUGCCAGCCCCCUGCUGGGUGCCCCGGGAGAGGUGGCUGGGUCCCCUUCGGCGUCCCUCCCUGGUGCGCGGGUGUCCAGUCCUGGGGGCCUGGCAUGGUGCCCGCUGCUGGUGCCAAGCGUGGACAGAGGAGCCUCGAGCACUUUACUCCUCCCUCACAAUGAACGGAGACCAGAAAUCGGACCCGUACGCCCAGGCAAAGCAGGAUUUCAUCCAGCACUUCUCCGAGAUUGUCAAGGUGCUGACCGAGGAUGGCGUGGGCCACCCAGAGACGGGAGAUGCCAUUGCCCGGCUCAAGGAGGUCGUGGAGUACAAUGCGACUGGGGGCAAGUACCAUCGGGGUCUGACGGUGCUCAUAGCAUUUCGGGAGCUGGUGGAGCCUGGCAAGCUGGACGCCGAGAGCCUUGGGCGGGCCCUGACCGUGGGCUGGUGUGUGGAGCUGCUGCAGGCCUUCUUGUUGGUGUGCGACGACAUCAUGGAUUCCUCCCUCACCCGGCGGGGGCAGAUCUGCUGGUAUCAGAAGCCGGGCAUCGGUUUGGACGCCAUCAACGACGCCCUGCUCCUGGAGGCGUGUGUCUACCGCCUGCUCAAGCUCUGCUGCCGGCAGCAGCCCUAUUACCUGAACCUGCUGGAACUUUUCCUCCAGAGUUCCUAUCAGACUGAGAUCGGACAGACUCUGGACCUCAUCACAGCCCCCCAGGGCAACGUGGAUCUUUGCAGAUUCACUGAGAAGAGGUACAAAUCUAUUGUCAAGUAUAAGACCGCUUUCUACUCGUUCUACCUCCCUGUGGCUGCCGCCAUGUAUAUGGCGGGCAUCGAUGGUGAGAAGCAGCACGCCAACGCCAAGGAGAUCCUGCUGCAGAUGGGGGAGUUCUUCCAGAUCCAGGACGAUUACCUCGACCUCUUUGGGGACCCCGCUGUGACGGGCAAGAUCGGCACGGACAUCCAGGACAACAAAUGCAGCUGGCUGGUGGUUCAGUGUCUGCAGCGGGCGUCCCCGGAACAGCGCCGGCUGCUGCAGGAGAAUUACGGGCAGAAGGAGGCCGAGAAGGUGGCCUGGGUGAAGGCGCUGUACGAGGAGCUGGACCUGCCCGCCGUGUUCGCGCAGUACGAGGAGGACAGCUACGCCCGCCUCUUGGGCCUCAUCGAGCAGUACGCGUCGCCCCUGCUGCGGACCAUCUUCCUGGGGCUGGCGCACAGGCUCUACAAGAGGACGAAGUGACCUGGAGGCUGCGCGGGCGGGGCGGGGCGGCUCUCAAUAAAUUAUCGAAGCUUC